UACACCCCAACAGAGUUGUACAAGUAAGAAAUGCAUUGUUAUGUAUGUCAUUCGUUCGGAAACUUGUGCUCAACGAAGAUCACAAGUUUUCAAUAUAAAACUCAAUAUGCAAAACGUCAUCAUAAUAUUUUACUAAAGUGUUCAACGGUUCCUGUUGAUAGGAGGAGACUUACUUCAUUUCCGUUUCCUUUAUUAGAGAAAAGAGAGAAUGAUGAAGUUUGGAACUUGAACUCUACAGCUAUAACGGAGUUUCUUCAACACUAUCAACACUCUCCAGUUUUAUUUAGCAGAUGCUUUCCUGAUCUGUUCUUUGCAAUAACUCCAGAAGAGCUAGCAGGACUUGCUUGUGAAAGUGGAUUUGUGUCACGUGUCGUUCAACACUUUCCAACCAAAGAAGUUGGUAAGCAAUGGAAAGUUUUCUGGGGUCCUUUUUCAGAAAAAUAUUUCGAAAGCUUUCCUAAGAAGAACGCCACGUUGCUAGUUCAUGAUGUGGAAAGAUAUUUUCCUCAAGUGGAGCAGUUACUAAGAUAUUUUCGGUUCAUUUCGAAUUACAGAAUAGACGAUGUUAUGUUAUCGUAUGCGACUUAUGGAGGAGGUGUUGGUCCGCAUAUUGACAACUAUGACGUAUUUCUUAUUCAGGCAAGAGGAAGAAGAAAGUGGCUUCUCCAUUUGUCACCUCUGAAGAAGGACGAGGAAGAUUGGCUGCCUAAUCAAGAAUUGCGAGUUUUAAGAUCUAUUCCUUCUUCAAUGAAUGUAGAAUGUAUUUUAGAACCUGGAGAUAUGCUUUAUCUUCCUGCUCGUUGUCCACAUUGGGGAAUCUCUUUGGAUAAUGAUUGUAUGACAUAUUCAGUAGGCCUUCGAUUGCCUUCCAUGCAGAAUAUGCUGUUUGCUAUGAUGGAACAUUAUACUGAACAGUUUCCAUUGGAAGAAACUUUCCUAGACAAAUGUCUUCCUUCGUAUACAGCAGCAGAUGACCCAGGAAGAAUAAGACAAUUAUCUACAAUCCGUACUCAUUUGUUGAAAGAAAUUCGAUAUUUAUUAUCUGAUAAACUUAACUUUCGUUCUUUUCUUGGAAAAUUGCUAACAACUCCUAUUCGAUUGGAUAUGACACAGUUGACAGAGCAAGAAGAAGAGGAGUCUGAAGAAAAAGCUGAAAACCUGGCUAGAGGGUUCUGGUCCGGUAUUGUUGUGUUGGAACGAACGAAAGGGUGCAAAGCUGCAUAUAUAGCUUCUUCCAAAGAAGUACCUUGCAUGCUAUUUGUGGAUGGAACAGAAUAUCGACUGCCCAAAGGAAAACUUUUCGAUCAGUUUGCGAAAAUGUUUUGUGAUAAGCAAAUUCCACUCAUCAGAUGUCGUAAAUUGAUUGGAUUUCAGCAGCAUUCAGAUUUCAUUGGUCUGUUCAAGUCGCUGCUAUUAAAUAGAAGUCUUGAGCACUUAACCCAAUAGCGUUUAAAAAUAUUGAAACUGUUAAAUAUGGAUAUGAGGAAUCUAGUAAAGGACAAUAUGGUUCC